AUGGUUUCUGUUCAGAGGAUGCGAGGCGAUAUGGCUCAAGUACUCGUCAUCUUCUCUCCGGAAGUUCUGCUCUCACUCUUGCUCUGCUUCCUCGUAGUACGCCGCUACUACUUGGCAAGACGAUCCGCGAACAACUGCGAGCAGCUCCAUGACCAUGGCCGCCGUCUCCCGCCGUCGCCUCCGAAGCUCCCUCUCAUAGGCCACCUGCACCUCGUCGGCCCCGACCCGCACAUCUCCCUUGCCGAGCUCUCCCGGAAGCACGCCGGCCGAGACGGCCUCAUGCUCCUCCGCCUCGGCCAGGUGCCCAACCUCGUCGUCUCCUCCCCGAGCGCCGCCGAGGCCGUCCUGCGCACGCACGACCACGUCUUCGCCUCCCGCCCGCCGUCCAUCGUCGCGGACGUCCUCCUCAGCGGCCCCUCCGACGUCGCCCUCGCCCCCUACGGCGAGUACUGGCGGCAGGCCAGGAAGCUCGUUACCACCCACCUGCUGAGCGCCCGGAAGGUGCGCGCGCUCCAGGGCGGCCGCGAAGAGGAGGUGCGCCUUGUGGUGGCCAAGCUCCGGGCGGCCGCGGCCGCGCGCUCCGCCGUCGACAUGACCGAGCUGCUCGGCGCCUUCACCAACGACGUCGUGUGCCGCGCUGUGUCCGGGAAGUUCUUCAGGGAGGAAGGCAGGAACGAGCUGUUCCGGGAGCUCAUCGCCGCGAACGUGGCCGCGAUCGGCGGUUUCAACCUGGAGGACUACUUCCCGAGCUUGGCCAAGGUCGGUCUGCUCCGGCGAGUGGUGCUGGCCAGGACGUGCAGGCUGAAGAAGAGAUGGGACGAGUUGCUUGAUAAGAUCAUAGACGACCACGCAACCAAAUCACCAUGGCUAGUAGGAGGAGUACAUCAUCAACACGAUGAGCAAGAUCAAGACAGAGACUUGGUGGAUAUUCUCUUGUCUCUUCAACACGAGUACAAUCUCACUAGAGACAACGUCAAGGUCAUUUUAAUGGACAUGUUUGCAGCGGGAACAGACACGUCAUCCAUUGUCCUGGAGUUCGCCAUGGCUGAGCUCAUGCGGAAGUCACACCUCAUGGCCAAACUUCAGGCCGAGGUGAGGAGCAAGACACCCAAGAGCCAGAAAACAGUCAAGGAGGAUGACCUAAGCGGCAUGCCAUACCUCAAGGCCGUCGUGAAGGAGACGCUCCGGCUACACCCGCCGGCGCCGCUCCUCCUCCCGCGCCUCACCAUGGCGGAGUGCGAUGAUGUCAACGGCUAUAUGGUACCGGCCGGGACACGCACCAUCGUCAACACGUGGGCUCUCUGCAGAGACACCGAGUCCUGGGGUGAGAAGGCGGAGGAGUUCUGGCCGGAGAGGUUCAUGGACGGGGCCAAAGCAGUUGCCGACUUCAAAGGGAGGGAUUUCCAGUUCCUGCCGUUCGGAGCCGGGCGGAGGAUUUGCCCUGGGAUGGGCUUCGGGCUGGCCACUGUUGAGAUCAUGCUCGCCAACCUUGUCUAUUGCUUUGAUUGGGAGCUCCCCGAUGGGAUGCGGGAGGAGGAUGUUGACAUGGCUGACAUGUUUGGAGUGACGAUGCGUCGGAAGGAGAAGCUCGUUCUUGUCCCGAGGAUACCACAGGAUGCAAACAUAUAGUGCAUGCGCACCAUACUAUCAGUUAGUAUAGAGGCAAUGAAAAUUUAGACCAACUCAAAUAUGAACAUUGCCUAGUUAUGCUUCCCUCCUACAGAAUGUUUAUUUAGGAGAGAUAAAGACACAUGUUGCAUUGGACUUCUCAAAAGAAGUGACAAUAAAAGGUUUGAGCAAAUGUUGAGAAUCCUCCAAAACUGGAAGGAAAGGAAGGAUUCCUAUAGUA